AAGUUUAAUGGAACAUGUUGGGAUAAGAACAAAAUUCAAGAAAACAAAUUUUGUCCAACCCACGUACUUGUACAUAUCGUGCAUGCAUAUGUACUCGUUUUAUCUUGUAGAUUAACAAGGGGUUCGUUUAUGAGGUGGAUACGAAAUCACUACGACUUCGCCACCUCAACCUUCAAUUGUAAUAUAUGUCUAUAUAAAUUGGAUCAAUUGCUUGUACCGUUAUACAUUAAUUAAGCCUACAUACCAAACAAAAUAAAAAGAAAAGAAAAAAAAGAAAAAUUUUAUCAUCAAACUAAUAAAUCCCAACCAUGGUUAGUGAGGUACUUGAUGAUUUGCUAGUGCUUCAAGAGCUAGACCGUAAGGCGUUCAUGUCCAAGACUAAGGAGUCUGAUAUUGAGUGGACUCCAAACCUUACCAAACUCGUUAACCGAGUCAUAACUCACUACGAGAAUCACUACCGAGUCGAGUCCGACUUAAUCAAGGAUAGCGUACAAGUUCUCCUCUUGUUAUCCCAUGUUUGGCCUUCCUACCUUGAGGACGCCUUCCUUUGGGUUGGCGGGUGGAGACCUAGUAUUGCUUUUCACUUGCUAGACUUCAACCCCGAGGUGCAACUCGGGGUUGAAGUCAGCGAGUUGCUCAAGGGGGUGGGCAUGAGGCAGUUUAAGGACAUCUUGCCUAGUCAACUCGUCCGAGUUGACGAGUUGCAAAGGCUCACCAUCCAGGCAGAGAACGAAUUGACUCGGUCUCUUGCUGAGCCUAUUUCUCCAAUGGAGUCUUCCACCAAGUCGUCGUCUGAUGACUCGAUGAUGACCGAGGUGUAUGGUCAUGGAAAUUUAGGGGAGAUAUUUGGCAAGGCGGAUGAUCUACGGCUUAAAACACUCAAAAACUUGGUGCAAAUCUUAAGUCCAAUCCAAGCCGUUCAACUUUUUAUUCCUGCAGCUCAGCUCCAUCUCAAGGUUCAUACGUGGGGUAAGAACAAAGAAAGAGCUCAUACAAGGAGAAUUCAACAUGAACAUGAUAUUGCCGAGGGUGGCGGUAGCCGCAAAGGCGGGCUAGAGUCCCGUGGCGGGGUAUUUGAGACAUUGUUCCUUGAGCAACAACGAGACCUCGAGGAGCUCAAGUUGGCUGCAAAGGCCUACACCGAGUCAACUCAGUCCUCGGCCGAGUUGACUCAGAAUCUACAAGGACUCGUAAGUAUAGUCAUAUGUCACUAUGAAAACUACUACCGAGUCAAGUCCGAGUUAGCGAAGCAGAACAUAUUCUGCAUGAUAACCCCUGCAUGGAGGUCUCUCCUGGAGCAUGCCUUCCUUUGGAUUGGUGGGUGCAGACCUAGUACGACAUUUCACUUAUUAUACACCAUUGCAGGGUUACACGUCAAGUCCGGACUUAGUAAGUUGCUCGACGGGUCGUCAAAAACUUGUGAUUUGGGAUGGCUUUCACCGAGUCAACUCACCCGAGUCGACGAGUUGCAGAUGAAUACAAUCAAGGAAGAGAGAGAGUUAAGUGAAAAGCUAGCUUCUUUUCAAGAGACCAUGGCUGACUCCUCAAUGGUUGAGCUCUCACGAGAGGCUACCGAGUCGAAAGCUCGGGAUCGAGUUGGGACUGUGUCAAUUAAGAAGCGAGUUGAGUUGACACUAGGGCAUAAAGAGGAUAAAUUAAAGGAGAUAUUUAGGAAGGCUAAUGAUCUACGGAUGAAAACGCUUAAGAAAGUGGUGGAAGUAUUAAGUCCAAUCCAAGCCGUUGAUUUUUUGAUUGCUGCUGCUGAGCUUCACUUGAGAGUUCGUGAAUGGGGGAAGGACAAAGAUGCUGACCAACAACAACAUUAACCAUAUCCAAUAAUUCAACUUAAUUAGUUAAUGUCAUUCUUUUUAAUUAUAUUAUUAGUAUUAUUAGUACUCCGAUUUAUAAAGGAUAAUUAGAACAACUAACUUGUUAGUUACUCCUAUUUAGCAUUAUUAUAAGAUAUGUAUGUGGAUAUUAAGGUAGCCAUGUAGUAUACAGGUAUGUAUUUUCUUCGGUACUUAUAUGACUGUAUUUGAAUAAUUAAGUAAUGUAGGUCAUCUAGUUAGUGAUAGUAUGAACAUUACUCCUUGUAAUAAUUCUAGUCUUUCUACUAUUCUCUCCUUUGAUGUAUUAGGAGUUUCCCUCAGCUUGUGAGGAGGGUCUCCUAAUGUCCUAUUUUUCUUACCUUAAAAAAAAAAAAAAGGGUAUAUAGUAAAUUAGUAAUGUAUGGAUUCUAAUAUUGUAGGAUUUGUAAUUUUGUCGAAUCUUCAUUUACUUGUCUAUAAGUAAGUUAUCAACGAUCUUCUAAGUUUAA